UUCUAUGAGAGAAUGUAUAGAUUUUGAAGUUCAUUGCUUUCUUCUUAAUGUUAGAGAGGUAGAUGAAAAAGAAGGUUUGAUUGCCUUGCAAAAAAAAGUUCUUUCUUCUUUGGAUAAAAGAAGCAUGGAUGUGGAUGACUAUCAUGAAGGAAGGAAGUCGAUAAAAAGCAUGUUAAGCAAUAGGAAAAUUCUUCUUGUCCUUGAUGAUGUGAGUGAUCUAAGCCAACUUGAGAAUUUGGCUAGAAAUCAAGAAUGGUUUGGCAAGGGAGCUUAAUAAUAAUAACAACCAGAGACAAGCAUUUGUUAUUAUCACAUGGUGUAUCUACUUGGUAUGACAUCAAAUUCUUGAGUGAUGAUGAAUCCCUUGAGCUUUUCCACCAAAAUGCUUUUAAAGGAAGUAAGCCAAGUGUAGAUUUUUUGGAGCUUUCUAGAACUGUGAUUCACUAUGCUAGUGGCCUUCCUUUGGCGCUCAAAGUGUUGGGUUCAUUUCUUUGCGGAAGAAAUAUAUUAGAAUGGAGAGAUGCAAUCGCUAGAUUUAAGAAAGUUCCUCCUAAUAAUGGCAUCUUGAAGAUACUUAAAAUUAGUUUCGAUGGAUUAGAAGAGGAUGAGAAGACUAUAUUUUUAGAUAUUGCUUGCUUCUUUAAAGGGAUGAAAAAAGAUUAUGUCAUGCAAAUCUUACAAAAAUUGGAUCUACAUCCAAUAAUUGGAAUAAAAGUUUUGGUUGAUAAAUCUUUGGUGAUUAUUAGUUCUGAUACUGUAUGGGUUCAUGACAUGCUUGAGGAAAUGGCUAAGAAUAUUGUUGUUCAACAAUCAUCCCAUGAUGCUGGCAAACGUAGUAGGAUAUGGUCCUUGGAGGAUGCUAAUCAUGUUCUAGAAAGCAAUAUGGGGACAGAAGCAAUUCGAGGCAUCGUGUUAAGAUUAGACAAACCAUAUGUCUCCAAUUGGGAUCCUAAAGCCUUCAUAAAGAUGAGUAAUCUUAAAUUACUUAUCAUAAAAAGUGGUUGGCAAUGGCAUGCUGAUUGUUUUUGUUAUUUGAAUCUUCCUUGUGGGCUUAAAUUCUUUCCAAGUACAUUAAAAGUGUUAGAAUGGAAGGGAUGCUGUUUAGAUACUUUGCCAAGUCCGGUUCGAAAACAACCACAGGUUUUAGGAAAGCUUAAGCACCUUGAUUUAAGCCAUUCAAGAUAUCUAAUCAAAACACCAAAUUUUGAUGAAGUCCCUGAUCUUGAAAUACUCAUUCUUGAAGGUUGUGUAAACGUUGUUGAAGUACAUUCAUCUCUUGGAUGCCAUAAGAAUCUGGCCACAGUCAAUUUGAAGGGUUGUAGGAGUAUUAAAACUCUACCAAGAAAGUUUGAGAUGAAACGCCUAGAGACUCUUACACUCUCAGGCUGUCCAAAAAUCAAACGACUUCCUGAAUUUGGCGAAAGUAUGGAGCGUCUAUCCCAACUUGAUGUGGAGGAUACUGGUAUCACAAAACUACCUCAAUCACUUGUCAAUUUGACCACUCUUGCUGUUUUAAAUCUUAGGAAUUGCAAAAGUCUGGUAUGCCUUCCCAAUGUCAUUCAAUAUAUGAAGUCUAUUAGAAUUCUUAAUUUUUCUGGUUGCUCAAAACUUUCAAGUCUUCCAGAGGUUUCGAAUGAAAAUGAGGCUUUAGAAGAGCUUGAUGCUAGUGGAACUGCUAUAAAGGAAGUGGCUUCAUCAAUUUGUCAGUUGAAAAAUUUGAAAUCACUAUCUUUUAGUAGAUGUACUGGACAAGCACAAUCAUCCUCACAAAAUUUCUCUUCCAUUUUCAGUAGGUUCUCUAGGAUUACAAGGCCUUCAAUAUCCAUUGGGUUAUUGCUGCCCCCUUCUUUAUCAAAUUUAUCAUCAUUAAGAUUCUUACAUUUAAGUCACUGCAAUAUCUAUGAUGAGUCCCUUCCUAAUGAUUUUAAUGCAUUAUCAUCAUUGCGGGGGCUUGAUCUGCGUGGAAACAAUUUUGUUAACCUACCUAGUGGCUUUACCUCUAACCUUUUAAAGCUCCAAUGGGUUAGGUUUAGUCAUUGUCCAAGGCUUCAAUCAUUACCACGACUUCCGCCAAAUAUAUGGUCUGCAGAUGCAGUUGAUUGUCCUUCAAUGACACCUAAACUUGGUCCAGAACAGCUGUUGGAAUGGCUCGAACAAUUUGAAUAUGAGGAUGGCUUUAAGUCAGAAUGGUGGUUCUUUGUAUUAAAUAUUCCAGGAAGUGAAGUGCCAUCAUGGUUUUUUAAUCAAAUUACUUCUAUGAUGAGGCUUGGUGUUGUAAACCAAAUGUGUCAAUUAUCGCGGAUAUAGAUGAUCAAUGCCUUUCAAGUGAAUGGUGUGGAAUAGCUGUAUGCUUAGCCGUAGAAGGUUGUUUUACAUCUGAUUUUGUUGAAAUUGAUCGUCAAGCGAUUGUGAGGUGGGAAUGUAGAAAUAUUCCAGGCAUGUGGAGCAUCACUUUGACUGAGCGUUGGUAUAGCCAAUGCAUUUUAUUAUUUAUUCCAUGCUUUUAUAAGGGAAAUCUUCAAUUUUCUUUUUGGGUUGGCAAUUCGUACGCAUAUAGUAAGGUCGAAAUAAGGAUAAGGAAUUGUGGGUGGCGUGUGGUGUGUAAAGAAGAUGUUGAAGCAUGGCAAAGAACAAGGGGUGAAGGAUGCAGUUGCAACAAUGAUUUAGACGACUGCCACGCUCUUAAUGAUGAUGUGGUGGACAUCUAAACUCCUCUUGCUAAAUGCCAAAAAUUGGAAUAAAUGAUGGGUUUUGUCUUUGCGAGGAUUCUUUGUGAUUGAAUGGUUCUUGAAGUUGGUUCCUACAAGCUUGCUCUUGUAGUGUUUUUUAAGCUUUAUUUUUAAAGUUGAGUGUGAAUUUUAACCAGACGACAGGAGAUGUUGACUGUUGAUCAUUUAGUUUAACUCCAUCUUUCUAUACUGAACUUGGUUUUGAGGAUUAACUUCUCAUUACCCUCAAUGUGAUUUAGUGUGGCACUUCUUAAA